AUGGGUGGCAGCCGUCGGGGCACGACAGCUGUAGGUAGCCACGAGAUGCGACGCGCUGAUCGGCUUCGGGUGCAGGCGACUCCAUCGUUAAACCACCAAACAGAUUGUACCCGCGAGGUCGCCUCGUUCAACAACACCCAAGCGAGCAACAGCAUCACCACCAUCGACGCAGACGUCGGCGACGACGCAGUGUACAUCAUGCCUCUUCCACGUGGCCCCGCUUCGCCACUGGUGCGCUCGUUGGCAGACGCUCACGAUGCUCGACCUAUACUUCCACGUCAAGCCUCGUCAGCCACCUCUUCUUCCACAAGGCCGUCUUCCGCUUCUGCAUCGACAUCCGCAUCCGCAUCCGCAUCCGUAUCGUUCAACACCGCUUCCUCCUCAUCACCGUCCUCAGCCUCUUCGUCUUCCAGCUCGUACUUGCCGUCAGCGUCCUCUUCACUGGGUUCCAAUGGUGAUGGACUGAGCUCGCCCGCUUCUGCCAACCUCAACAGCACGCGCAUCGUCCUCGGUCGUGGCUUCUCCAACGGUCAACUCACCUACACCGUACCCAUCAGCGCCGCAAAUCAGCAGGUCAACGCCCAGCUCGACACGGGCAGCGGCGACCUCUGGCUCGCAAAUCAGGAUUGCGACUCGGAUUCGUGCAAAGGACACCAAGGCCUCACCGUCACCAAAUUCAACGACCACCUCGAUACCGUGGUAGAUCAAGACACCCCGUUCAACAUCAGCUACCUCCUCGGCUCCGCCUCUGGCCAGGUAAAGACCACGUCGAUGCUCUUUGGCGAUCCCAUCACCUCGCGCCUCAUCAUCAAUUCGCAGGCGUUUGGCUCGUGCAGCCAGGUCGCCAACGAGGACAUGGACUCGGGCGACUAUUCCGGCAUCAUCGGCUUGGGUCCUCCCGCCAACAGUCUCAUCCAGGCCGACCUCAACGCCACCAGCAACACCGCCUCGCUCAACGUCAACGUGCGCCCACCCCAGACCGGUGCCGUCCUUGCAGGCUUUUGGAACGGCGCACGUCCCGGUCGCAGAUUCAUGGGUAUCGGCAUGCAGCGCCUCGAGGAGGACGGCGGCAAGGGCGACAGCGUGCUCACCAUCGGCAACCACGAUCCAGCCUACGCCGGCAGCACCAAUCCCACCAUCAACUACACCAGCGCCAUCGGCGAUGCCGACGGCGUCGUGCGUCACUGGCGUCUUCCCCUCACCGGGAUCACCGUUGAACUGCAACACGGCGUCACCGAAUCCAUCCCCUUUGGUACGUCCAGCGUCGUUGCCGGCUCCAAUCCCAUCGCCGUGUUUGCUUCGGGCGCCAGCGUCAAUCUGGGUCCAGAGAGUACGCUCAACGCCCUCUACGGCGCUUGGGGCAUCGGUCCCGCCUCGGAUGGCGGCUACUACGUACCCUGCAAUCUUCAGUUGAACAUCACGCUUGGUCUCGGCGGCACCUCGAUCCCCAUCCAUCCACUCGACGCCAGUCUCGAGCUCGGAUCGGGCAACGGCCCCUCUGGCGACGGCACCAUGUGUCUCGGCUCGUUCCAAGCGCUCCGCUCGCUCUCGGGCUCAUCCAAUGGCGCCAACUUGAACGCAAGCUUCCUCCCCGCCGACUUUGUGCUCUCGCCCGCCUUUAUGCGAAGCGCCUACACCGUGUUUUCGUGCGACGGCGGGCUCAACACCACCCAGGCGCAGGCCGCCAACAUGACGGUCACCAGCCCGUGCGAGGCGUCCAUCGGUCUGCGUCCGCUCGUCAACAUGACCGCCGCCACCCAGCAGUUCACCGCGGUGCGCAUCAAGAAGCAGACGCUCGGCCAGUCCGGUGUCCACGGAAGCCCUGCCGGCUCGGGCUCGGGCAACUCCAAGGGCCUCUCGGAGGGCAUCAAGGUGGUCAUUGGCUGUGUCUGCGCCAUCGUCGUCAUCGGCGUGCUCUUUGGUGUCGCGCUCUGGCGUCUGCGUCGCCGACGCCGUCGCAUUGCGGCUGCCCGCGCCGCGCUCCUCGCCGCUCAAGCCGAAAAGUCCGGAGGCGGGGCAGGCGUGGGCACCGCCUCGAGCGGCACCCACCACGGUCACGCCAAGAAACAGAGCAAUCCCUACAGCGUCAUGAAGAUCGACGGCGUCAACGUGCCCAUGGAGCUACUUGGCAAGGACGACGACAGCAGCAGUCAGGUGGCUCUCUCGCCCGCUCAGCGUGCCAAGGCGCGCCAGCUGCACCACAUACAUGGCGUGUUCGACGACGAUAUGCACGACGACGAGCUCGGUCGCGGUGAGGAUCCUCGAUGGGGCGAGGAGGUCCCCGUCCAUCCGACAAAUCUGCACGCAGCCGGUCUCGUCAGCUGGGAUGUCUCGUCGACGGGCUACGUCGAUGCACGCCAAGUCAAGAAUGCCUACCUCGCAUCGCUCACCGCCGAAGAGCGCAAGGCGUUCCUGGAUGCCUCGGCCCAACGCCAGGCGCAGUCGGACUCGGCCCGCAGCAUGUCCCAGCAACCCGAGUCGAACGUGCAACAGCACACACAGACGCAAUCGCAGCACGACGCACAGCAACAAUACCCAAACCGCGACAGCACGCGCUCCGCCUCGGACGCACCCCUGCUGCAGCAUGACGAGCUGCGUUGA